AGAGAAACAGGUUUUAUUCAAGGACCAUUUUAGCAAACAACGUGUUUAAUUAAAGAAAGGCACGUGAGGGAGAGAGUACAUACAUGUUUUGGUUUCUUCUUCAUCGGUCCGAUCAGAGAGAGAAUCGCCGGUAAGAUAAAAAGAAAUGGCGUCUGCGAUUUCUAUCUCUCUUAUGAACGGAGCAACGCCUUUGAAAUCGAAUUCCCUGCUCCACAAAUCUAAAUUCACUCCACAACAUCUUCGAACUAUCUCUUGUUCUAGGCUUUCUAACUCUUCCUCUAGUCGCGAAAUUUCACUUACGAAUCAAUCUACUAAACCGAUUUCGUUUAGGCGUCGGUUUGACUUUGUUCCUCGUUGCGGCAUUUCGUCGAACGAUUUGCCUACUGAGGGAAAGAAGAGCUUUGGCGAGUGGGUUGAGUUUGUGGGAGAGGCGGUUUCGACGGCCUUCCCGAUAUGGGUUUCUCUUGGAUGCUUGUUGGGGCUUCUGAGACCAUCUACUUUCAAUUGGGUCACUCCCAAUUGGACCAUUGUAGGCCUCACGAUCACUAUGCUUGGAAUGGGAAUGACUUUGACCCUCGAUGAUCUUCGUAGUGCUUUCUCGAUGCCCAAGGAGCUCUUCGCUGGCUUUGUGUUGCAGUACUCGGUGAUGCCACUAUCAGGAUAUUUUGUGAGUAGGCUCUUAAAUUUGCCACCACAUUACGCAGCCGGUCUCAUAUUGGUUGGUUGCUGUCCAGGCGGUACGGCUAGUAACAUCGUCACCUACAUUGCACGUGGAAAUGUUGCGCUAUCAGUGUUGAUGACAGCAGCUAGCACUGUUUCAGCUGUGAUUAUGACACCGCUUCUUACUGCCAAGCUUGCCAAGCAAUAUAUCACAGUUGAUGCUCUUGGAUUACUAAUGUCAACACUACAGGUGGUUCUUCUCCCUGUGUUGGCUGGUGCGUUUCUGAACCAAUACUUUAAAAAGCUGGUGAAAUUUGUUUCUCCUGUGAUGCCUCCAAUUGCGGUUGGAACCGUUGCAAUCCUGUGUGGGUAUGCUAUCGGUCAGAAUGCAUCUGCAAUUCUCAUGUCUGGGAAACAAGUAGUCAUGGCUUCAUUCCUUCUUCAUACCUCUGGAUUUCUCUUUGGGUACCUGUUUUCAAGAUUUCUCGGAAUUGAUGUCGCAUCGUCCAGAACUAUAUCUAUCGAAGUCGGCAUGCAGAACUCGGUGCUUGGAGUUGUUCUGGCGACACAGCAUUUUGGGGAUCCACUCACUGCAGUUCCAUGCGCUGUUUCUAGUGUCUGUCACUCAAUCCUUGGGAGCGUAUUGGCUGGAAUUUGGAGACUCAGUUCCCCAAAACAACUUGAAAACUGAAAAGAAAGUAAAGGAAAGUUCAUGAAGUCUCUCACUGUUACUCAAAUUCGGCAUCUGUGAGGGACGUUUAGUUAAGUUCAUCGUGAACAAAGGGGUUAUGUGUUUGUAAAGUUUUGGAAGAACAAAGUCUGCGAAUUGCUCUUGUUAUGUUUUCAACGAAUUCAUAUUUUGUUGUAGA